GGUGGGCAAGAGGACGUGAACACAUAGGAAGAGACGAGAAUAGACUGCAUAGCAGAGCAAGCAUGCAUUGCGUGCGAGAGAGAGAGAGAUACAUUUACCCAAAUUCUGUCAGAGAAUGAAGAAAGUCAAACCGGUUUGAAAUAACAUGAAGGUAAGUGAUGUAAAAAAUUCAUAAUUUAAGCAGUUGUAUCUGAAUUUAUGCUCACAAUUGACAUGCACAGGACUAAAAUGCACAUUGCAGCUUUGCUUUGCUUCUUCACAGUACUUGACGCUCUUCGUUGUACUAUUCUCACAUUUCAUCACCGCAUGUUAAACCAGUAAACAAGCUAGCUGUGGGCAACAGCCUUUGGACAAACCUAGAAGUGCAUAUUGCUGUUUGACCUCCGUCGCCAUGAUGUUCUCAGUGUGAAUGACUUUUUCGUUGGCCUAUGUGAACCAUGUCAGUUAUUUUUGGUUUCAAGGCAAGAACGAGCAAGCAAAGUCUCUUUACACCUCACGCAACCACACUCUUCACAGUUCAUCAGACUUUCGACAUCAUCACUUUUCCCCCUCUUUCUCUACGUUGGUCUGCGUGGGGAUGCGAGUUGGUUCACCUUGGCGGGUCAAAGGCAAAUCUGACUGACGUCCUCUCUCGGUCCGUUAUGCCUCGUUCGUUCCUGGUGAAAAAGAGCAGGAAGGGGAGCUUUCGCUCCUCACCUCCCGUAGCUGAUGUGCCCUACCUGGGCCUAGUAGGAUGGUCCGUCCCCCUAAAAGUUUCCGCAUUGCCAGAGGAAUCAGCCCAGGAGGUACAACCACAUUCUCCGCUCAUGAAACAAGACAACACACAUAAGAGUCACGAGAAUGGCUGGGUAACAGAAGCAGCAGAUUUCCAGUUCGGCUCUUCUAUCUCUCCAGACCCCUGGUUUCCCGUCAUCUCCAGAGACAUGCAGGAGCGCAGCAGCAGCUCUCUGACAAAUCCCACAAAACACUGCAGCUUAUGUGGAAAGAUGUUCUCUUCCCUCGCUCGCCUGGAGACUCACGUGUACAGAUCACACAGCGGUCAUCACGGACACUCUCUAGCGUUCCUUGACAGCAAAGACCCUGUGAUGUCAUGCAGAAUCAAGGAACGAACGUUUGAAUGCAGGGAAUGUGGGAAGAUUUUCAAGCGCUCAUCCACACUGUCCACUCAUCUGCUGAUCCACUCGGACACGCGGCCGUAUCCCUGUCAGUACUGAGGCAAGAGAUUCCAUCAGAAAUCCGACAUGAAGAAGCACACGUUCAUACACACAGGUGAGAAGCCGCAUGUGUGUAAAGUGUGCGGUAAGGCCUUCAGUCAGAGCUCCAAUCUCAUCACACACAGCAGAAAACACUAUAGACCCUUCAGCUAAAUGCACAGACACACACACACGUUCCUCCAGCGGGACCUGGAGCUGAAUGCUUACCCAACCAAGAUUGAAUGUACUUUUGCUUUACAAAACAGAAAGUAUUAGAAGUGUACAGUUGUAUAUAAAUUGUUGCUUUAUCAGAAGCAGUUUUGUGUAGAAAGACAAAAUCGCAAUGUGAAAUGAAUGGAUAUGGGUUAUUAAUAGUUACAUUGUGCAUUUGAUUUCUUGCAUGCAUGUGGUAGAUGCUUUUAUGUAAAGCGACAUAUACUGCAUUUGAUUUCAAAGUUGAGUUUUUAUUAGCGUGUUUGUUCUCUAUAGGAAUAAAAACAUCAAUUUGGAACUCGUAAGGACGCAGACAAGGUUCAUCACACUCGCGCUUUUGUCUUGUUUGCUAACAUUCACUGUUGUAAAGACAGAAAUGCAAAAACCUACUUUCAAUGUCUCGUGCCACUAUUACUGAUAAAAACUUUGUUCACUUGAUUAUUUCAUCCGGUGCAAUUCAUUCGUUUCAUUUUAAACACGUGUGUGCUUCCUAAUUUAAAGAUACUGUAAAGACAUGAUGCUUUACAUUCUACAAAUAUGUAACUAAACAUUGAAAUAUUAAACUGGAGCUCUGGGCCAAUGAGUGAAGAUAAAGCCAGUCUCCAUUGACGUGUGAUGAGUCAUUACUGAAACAUGACAGCGUUUCAAAGUUUUAUUGUUUGCGGUUGUGACUGUGCACAUUUGUCCAAAAAGAGAGUGCAUUCAUCCGAGCUCAGUCUUGUGUCAAGACUUCACGUUUGCAGGAUCUGGAAAAACAAAGCAUUUGCAGUGAGUGAAAUGCAAACGGUUCAAAUCACUGCCAAGCCGUAGAGCAGGCAAACAAAGCUUCUCUUGCAAGAAAGCUCUAGAUUAAGUAAUGUGCCGUCACAAAUAAAUAAAAAAUGACUAAUUUCAUACUGAAGGGAAGAAAAAUAUAAUACA